UAAGCGCAGCAAAGAGGAAGACUCAAUCGGCUCGGUUUCAGAGCGCCAUGCCAGUCGUUUCCCCGCAGAGAAGAUCCGGCGUUGCAAAGACGUGAACUCCUCAACACACACACACACACACACACACACACCCAUGACGUCACGAUGAACAAGCUGUCAGGUUCGGCAGCAGCAGAUGAAGAAAUGGACGAGGAUCAAGAACCACGUCAGGAGUCAUCUCCAGCUGCAGUUCUCGUUUCAGAUGCGCCCAAAGUGCACCGUAAACCCGAAUUAAAGCGAUACAGUGAGAUCUUCAGAGAAUUUGACGACCUCGAUUUGUCAUUUAUCCCCGUUGACAACGAUGAUCUGCUGUCGGACACUAUGGAGUUUGCAACUAGCGAGAACUCGGAACCUGCAGAGCAACAGGAACCAUCAGAACGCUGCGUGAUCAUUGAGGAAGAUGGAAACUCGUCAGCCCACGAAGCCGACCUGGCGCUGUGCCGCUGUGAAGACGGCGUGGAGACGGCCCUGCAGUACGCCAAGAUGUGGUGCCGCUACGCCAAAGACCUCCUGGCCUGGAUGGAGAAGAGAAUCAGCCUGGAGCAAGAAUUUGCCAAAAAUGUCAUAAAGACGUCCGAGGCGGCAAAAGCCAGCUUGACGUCCCAGGAAAUGAUGCCCCUGCAGCACAUCUAUACCAUGGCUCUGGAACAAGACCAGAAGAACUGCUCUAACUCCAAAAAGACUUCGGAGCUGGUGCAGAACCGCUGCUACCAAGCCUUGGCCGCCAAGAGGAAUGAGAUCGACAAGUGGCGCAGAGAGUUCAAGGAUCAGUGGGUGAAGGAGCAGAGGAAGAUGAACGAAGCGGUGACGUCACUGAAAAAGGCCCGCCAGCAAUACUUCCAGCGCUGUGACGAGCUGGAGAAAGCCAAAACUGUGGAUGACACGGGAGGCAUCAAAACUCUGGAUAAGAGGAGGAAGUCCAAGGAUGAAGCCCAGACAAAGGUGUCAGAGACGGAGCUUCUAUACAAGCAGUGUGUCCAUGACGCCAGGUUCCACCAGGACCAGCUGAUCAAAGUCAAAGAGAGGAUUAUUUCCCACAUUCGCAAGAUUAUCUGUCAGGGAGACACGGUGCUAAAGCAGGUCACGGUCAACAUGUUUUACUACCAGCGCCAACAGACGGAGGAGGUUCCUCUGGGCUACCACAACCUGGAGUUGACCUGCCGCUCCUUGGAGCCCGGGGAGCCAUACAUGACGUACAUACGCGGCAGACCACGUCAAGAACAGACUCCGCAGAUCUUCUCCUUCCAGGAGUACGUGGCUCAGGGGAAAAGGAACAAGCGCAAAACCAGCAACCCUCUCAGUUCCCUGCAGGACUCCUCGCCUCUGAGAGACGAAAGUCCCUGCAGACACGGGCGAUUCGGCUUCAGCGACUGCGAGAGUAUUGAAGGCAGCUUGGAAUCUCUGUCGAGUCCUGCCCACUGUGUUAGGAGGCUUCACAAAAUACCGUUCAACUUGGUCUCAGACGACACAGAUGAGCGCGACGUGGCGUCUGAAUCUGAGUGCCUGGAUGGUCAGCAGGUCAAAGUGCGCACGCCGUCCCUCGCCGCUCUCACGCACCAUUUCAAAAAGCUGAAGACCAAGAUGGUGAAAUGCAAACAGUGCGACAACUACAUUUACGUCAACGGGGUGGAAUGUGAGGAGUGUGGGCUGGGUCUGCACAAGAAGUGCAUGGAGGCGUGCCAGAUGGAGUGUGACAACAACAAGGGGACGGUGUUUGGCGUUGCGCUGUCUCUAUUGCUGCGAGACACGCAGGACCACGUGCCUUUCGUGGUGCGACGCUGCACGUCUGAGAUUGAGAGUCGGGCUCUCUCUGUCCAGGGGGUGUAUCGGAUCAGCGGGUCCAAGCCUCGUGUCCAGAAGCUGUGCCAGGCCUUUGAGGAGCAGAAGGAGGGCGUGGACCUCUCGGAGCUGUCGCCACAUGACAUCACCUGCAUCCUGAAGCACUUCUUCAAGGAGCUGCCGGAGCCGCUGCUAACUUUUGACCUGUACAACGACUUCAUCGCGGCGGGGAAGAGCAUCCAGCACCUGGGCAACUGGGAAUCGAUGCAAGACACUAACGAGUUUGUGGAUGUGACUCGCAGCCUGCAGAAGCUCCUAGAAAGACUUCCUGCCUGUUGCUUCAGCACCUUGCAGCACCUCAUACUACACCUGCAAAGAGUUUCCAGAAACAAGGAGAACAAGAUGUCCUCCAGCAACUUGGGCAUCGUGUUCGGUCCCACUCUCCUGCGCCCACCGGUGUCAACGGACCAUCCCACGGUGGCCCUGCAGGAGAACACCUACCAGGCCCUGCUGGUGGAGUUCCUCAUCACGCACCACGACCUGGUCUUCCUGCAGAGAGCCGGCAUGCCCGCCCCUCAAGACCCGCUCCUGGAGACCCCUCCCAGGGGACGCGCCUGUCCUCAAGAGGGCGACAUUGACUCGAGACCGGAGCAACGGACAUCCUCCAGGGAGCGACCUUACUCCCUAGAAAGCGAGAGAAUGAAGCGAGAGUGGAGUGAGGGUUAUAUAUCUGACAAGUCUUCAUCCAAUGAAGCAGUGGACCAGCUCAGCCCUGCCGCCAAUCAGAGAGCAGUCGUGGCUAUGAGCGCUGCCCGCCAGGACCCAACGGGGGACUUUGUUUUGUCCAGGCCGCACUUCCGCUUCACCAGGCAGCCCGUCAAGUACCACCGCCAUCACAACCCCAGGAGCCGACCUCCCACCACCGACAGAAGCGCCGCCACCGGACCGGCCGCUGCCCCGCCGGCCGCGCCGGGCAGCGCCGACAGCAGUCGCAGUUCCUCCCCGGAGCAGCGAGUGCCGCGUUUGCCGCCUCAGGACGUCUGCUCCCCGCGUCCCCUGACCUCCGACGCCGCCGCUGCGCCUCUGAGCCCGCGUGACGUGGUGCAGUACAUGCUGGCGCUGGACGGCACGCCCGCGCUCACUUUGGCCGACCUCAACGUCAACAACAACUCCGCACAGAGGAAGACUUUCUCUCCGAAGUCUUUUCCUGCGGAGCAACAUUUCACGUCGCCCUCGCAGAAGAUUCUGUCCGGGCUGAAGCUGAGACGCAGCCACUCGGGGAAAGAUGAACAACUUUUUGUAUGAGGAGCUUCCAGCAUGGAUUUCUACCUUUUUGUACACCUUUUUUGCCCCCCCCCCUGCAAAUUGUACGAAACCCCAAAAGCAGUGAAGUGUGCACGUCGUGUACAAACCCCGUUUCCAUAUGAGUUGGGAAAUUGUGUUAGAUGUAAAUAUAAACAGAAUACAAUGAUUUGCAAAUCCUUUUUAACCCAUAUUCAGUUGAAUAUGCUACAAAGACAACAUAUUUGAUGUUCAAAAACAUGCAAAUAAUCAUUAACUUUAGUAUUUGUUGCCAGCAACAUGUGACAAAGAAGUUGGGAAAGGUGGCAAUAAAUACUGAUAAAGUUGAGGAAUGCUCAUCAAACACUUAUUUGGAACAUCCCACAGGUGUGCAGGCUAAUUGGGAACAGGUGGGUGCCAUGAUUGGGUAUAAAAACAGCUUCCCACUCUUUCACAAGAAAGGAGGGGGCGAGGUACACCCCUUUGUCCACAACUGCGUGAGCAAAUAGUCAAACAGUUUAAGAACAACGUUUCUCAAAGUGCAAUUGCAAGAAAUGUAGGGAUUUCAACAUCGACGGUCCAUAAUAUCAUCAAAAGGUUCAGAGAAUCUGGAGAAAUCAACAUUGAAUUACCGUGACCUUCGAUCCCUCAGACAGCACUGUAUCAAAAACCGACAUCAAUCUCUAAAGGAUAUCACCACAUGGGCUCAGGAACACUUCAGAAAACCACUGUCACUAAAUACCGUUGGUCGCUACAUCUGCAAGUGUAAGUUAAAGCUCUACUAUGCAAAACGAAAGCCAUUUAUCAACAACAUCCAGAAACGCCGCCGGCUUCUCUGGGCCCGAGAUCAUCUAAGAUGGACUGAUGCAAAGUGGAAAAAUGUUUUGUGGUCUGACAAGUCCACGUUUCAAAUUGUUUCUGAAAAUAUUCGACAUUGUGUCAUCGGGACCAAAGGGGAAGCAAACCAUCCAGACUGUUAUCGACGCAAAGUUCAAAAGCCAUCAUGUGUGAUGGUAUGGGGGUGCAUUAGUGCCCAAGGCAUGGGUAACUCACACAUCUGUGAAGGCACCAUUAAUGCUGAAAGGUACAUACAGGUUUUGGAACAACAUAUGUUUGAGUGUUGUUAAAAGAAAAGGUGAUGUAACACAGUGGUGAACAUGCCCUUUCCCAACUACUUUGGCACGUGUUGCAGCCAUGCAAUUCUAAAAUAAUUAUUAUUUGAAAAAAAAAAAAAAAGGUUGAGUUUGAACAUCAAAUAUGUUGUCUUUGUAGCAUAUUCAACUGAAUAUGGGUUGAAAAGGAUUUGCAAAUCAUUGUAUUCCGUUUAUAUUUACAUCAAACGCAAUUUCCCAACUAAUAUGGAAACGGAGUUUGUAAAUGGUUAAAAAAAAUCAUUUUGAACUUAUAUUCAAUUGAAUAGACUGCAAAAAAUAUAUUUUUAACGUUCGAACUGGAAAACUUUUUUUUUUAUAUUUUUGCAAAUAGUAGGUCAUUUGGAAUUUGAUGCCUGCGCAUGUUUGGGAAAAAAGCUGGCACAAGUGGCAAAAAAGGCUGACAAUGUUGAGGAAUGUGUGCCAUAGUCCAGGAUAAGCAUGGACUGCAGCACUGAGAAGGUGAUUGGCUGCAAGCUCCCAUCCCUCCAGGACCUGUUCUCCUCCAGGACCAGGAGGCGUGUGGGUCGGAUCACAGUUGACUCUUCUCACCCUGGACACAAACUAUUCUCCCCUCUCCCCUCAGUCAGGAGACUACGGUCCAUCCAGACCCACACCUGAACAGUUUUUUCCCCUGGCCAUCAGACACAUGAACAAUAACAAGAUCUGAUAGCUCAGUCACAACUCAUGUUAUUAUUAUUCUAUUCUCUAUUUUAUGUUGCACGAUUGCACCCAAAAAAAAAUCCUAGUUUGUGAACCCCUUCUCAAACAACGGCAAUAAAAACUAUUUCUAUUCUG